AUGGGUGACGAAAAAAGUAAAAAGCCGUUGCGAUUGAAAACAUUCGGGGAGUUGCAAAACGAUCCUGUCUACGAGAUCCAUCUUCUUCCGCGAAAGCGCAAAACAACAGCAAAUAAAUCGAGUGCACCAGUUACCCCGAAUGGAAACGACGAGCACGAUGCAGAUGAUAGAGUUCCUACGGAUUCGGAUAAUGGUGAUGAUUCAGACGAAGAAGUGUCGGGAGUAGCGAAUGAAAAGUCAAAAACAACAGCUGGUCAAAAGAAACCAAAACAAAGAAAAGCAUACAAUGCGCAUAUCUUACCAAUGAUAUUCAGUGAAGAUCAGUCGAAACCAAUGAUAAAUCUAGCUAACUACUUGAUGAAACGACGGAAAUGGCCAUAUCAAGGUUGGCAUAAACGUUUCUUCAAGUUAGAAAAUGGUAUUAUGAUUUAUGGUAAAUCCGAACAGAGUGUAAAACGUGAUCGUCUAAAUGGUAAAUGCGAUAUUGGGUUAUGUAUGGUUACGUAUAUUCGGGAAUCUCAACGAAUAAAUAUCGAUGAAACCAACUGUGUUUAUCAUUUGAAGAUCAAAGAGAAGAAAUUGUUCGACCAAUGGUUAGAUCAAAUAGCCAUACACAGAAAAUAUCGGCAAGGAAUACUCGAACAGCGAUCUUUUACCACACCAAAGGAUGAUACAAAUCAUUCGAAUGAAAAUCAAGCGGCUAACAAUACUUUGUCGACUGAUCAACUUUUUUACAAUGAUUUUUCUGAUGUUCAAAUACAACUGAGUAACCUAUCGGACAUUCUGGAAAAUAUCAAACUCAAUGUUAAUAACACCCCGGUGUCUAGUUCGUCUUCGAAAUCAACUGAUGGAACAAGAUCGAGUGGUCACACUCCAUCAGCUAGCAUCAGUAGUAUAAAUUCAAGUACAGUAUUGGAUCUUCAACGACAAGAUUAUUAUAAUACAGCUAAAAAAGUUUUUGAUAAUUUGAAUAACUUGCAAAAACGUUUGUCUGCAUUUGCUUUGGAACAACAACAACAACAACAAUCAUUGAAUAAUUCUUUGACUUCGGAGGGUGAACAUGGUUAUCAUUCAAUUUCAUCUCGUGCGACUAUCUCAAGAGAAGGAUCAAUUUUUUAUGACGCACCCGAAGCUCUCAAUGCAAUAUUCUUAAAUGAUAACAAAGAUGAAAUAGGAAAAUUAUCUGAUUCUGAAUCAUCAAGCUAUGGUGAUGAUGAAAGUCAUCCUGACAAUAUUGACCGGCAAUCAUCUGUUCCACCGCAGCUAAAACCUCCUCAAAUGAAAUGGCGUCGUUCAUCAUUGAGUGCAUGUGCACCGGAUACUUCCAAUGUAGGUCUAUGGAAUAUAAUGCGGAAAGCCAUUGGCAAAGAUUUGUCUCGGAUAGCAUUGCCAGUCAUUUUGAAUGAACCACUCGGUGUUUUGCAAAAGUUAUGUGAGGAAAUGGAAUAUUCGGAUUUACUUGAUCGAGCCGCUCAAACAGACGACGUUCAUUUACGUCUUGUUUAUGUCGCUGCGUUCAUUGUUUCGACAUAUGCAGCUAACUAUUACCGCACGGGAAGAAAAAACUUCAAUCCACUAUUAGGUGAAACAUAUGAAUGCAUACGGGAAGAUAAAGGAUGGAAAUUCAUCGCUGAACAGGUUAGCCAUCAUCCACCAAUUAGUGUUUGUACAUGCGAUUCACCAAAUUUUAUUUACUCGCAAAAAUUACAGGUGAAAAUCAAAUUUUGGGGAAAAUCUAUGGAAAUCUUUCCUGACUCUCAAAAUGUCUUAUUUUUUCCAAAAUACAAUGAAACAAUCACAUGGAAUAAAUGUAAAAUGUGCAUACAUAGUGUUCUCUCCUCGGAACGAUGGAUUGAUCAUUACGGUGAUGUUCUCGUUGAGAGUUCCUUAGGAACAAAAGCUCGAAUUAGUUUCAUUCAAAGUGAUUAUCGAACACGGUUGAAUAAUGUUGCCGGUGAUAUUGAAGAUGCUCAUGGUAAUGUAAUACACAAAAUCUUUGGCCAUUGGCACGAAGAAGUCUUUUGUGGAAAUGAUCAAACAGCAAAAUGUAUUUGGCGACAAAGCGCUGUUCCAGAGAAUUCCAAACAAUAUUACGGUUUUACUCGAUUUGCUAUUGAACUGAAUGAACUUGAUGAUGAUCUUCGUCAACAAUUACCACCCACGGACACACGUUUUCGACCUGAUCAACGUUAUCUUGAAUUAGGACAAGUUGAACUAGCUGAGAAAGAAAAAGCUCGUCUAGAAGAAGCUCAACGUUCACGUUCCAGUUCUGCCGUUAGUCCAAAAUGGUUUGCUGCAAAUGGCGAUUCGUACGAACUUAUUCGUGAGGAAGAUCCUUCACAUUCCUAUUGGAAAAAGCGUGAAGAACAUUGGGCUCGUGUUGAUUUCGCACCAUUAUGCGAGUCAUAUUCAGCUAUGCUAUCUGAAAUGUCAAUUGGCUCAUCUUGUUUUGUAACAUUAUGUUUAUUUUUAAAGAUUUCUCGCUUUCUGACAAAUAUGAGUCGACGAUCCGAUCCGCGUCCGGAGAAAUUCAAUAAUUAUAAAAAUCGACCGAAGAUUGAACGAUCAAGUCGGUCACGGUCGCGCUCUCCACUCUCACAUCAUUCGUCGUAUGGUAUCACCAGUGAAUCGUACAAUAGUAAUCGUAAGCAACGUUCAGACCAUCACCGACAUUCUCAACCAUCAUCAUCAUCGUCGUCGUCGAAAUCAAACGGAUUUAUUCCUGAUGACGAAACAAAGAAGUUCUACGAGAAACCAACCGGUGAUGAAACGGGCUUUUGGACGUCGGAAGAUUAUACAUUUCGUGAUAUGAUUGCCAAAGAUGUUCGCAAUGAAAUCGAAGAUGAUAUUGCAAGCAAAGGUUCCGAUGAGGAAUCCGAAGUAGAUUCUGAACUUGCUGAUUAUGCCGAUCGUGCUGAUCUUGAUGAUGACGAUGAUGAUGAGCAGAAGAAAACUAUCGUUGAACGUCUCAUACCAAUGAAAAAAGACGAAGAAAAAGGCAAACAUCUCAAGACCGAUCAAGUUCUCGCACGAGAUAAAUCAUCGUAA